AUGGAGAGGAAGAGAAAGCUGCCGGCCCGGGCUGCGGCCCGCGCAGAACAGCUUGCCAAGCGCCGCAAUGCUUCGGCUCGCGAACCUACAAAGACACCGACUCCUCCGCCGCCGCCUCCUCAGCCAGUUGUUGAGGAAUCGCCGCCAACACCACCGCCGCCCCCAUUGCCAACCUCCGUCGAGCCUGGCAAGCCGCUACCCACCGUCGAGGUCGCCCAGUCCCAGGACUUGUCCCCAGAGGUAUACCAAUCGAUCUCGGAAAGCGGCGUGCUAGCCGAGUCGCUUGCGCGAUCGAGACAGCGAUGGAUUAGCGAGGGGCUCUUCGAAAAGUACUGGACAAAACCGCACAAGAAAAAAGGUGUGCUCAUUGAGGAUCCCAAGAACCCACCCAAGGACUCCAUGACCAAGAUUGGCAAUGUCACAAUUACCAUCGAACCGCACAUUGUCGAGGCGACCAUGUAUGCCGUCAAAGGCCCCAAGCAAAAGACUGCACCCCAACUGCCUCAGAAGUCAUCCCAGCAACAAGCCGCUCGCCCUAUAAUCCAGUAUGGUCCUGCCAAUGGUGCCAUGCCACCGCCGGCACAGACGCACAGCGUGCCGAGUCCAAUGAACAGGCCAGCGUCGACACAUUCCCCGUCACCACAUCCCCCAACCCCCCAGCCUGGUGCGCGGCCAACCGGCCAACAGGCUACUGCGUCACCCGCAGCAAAAAGCGCCACGCCCAACGCAGGCAGUGCGCAGCACCUCCCUACGCCAGGGCCAGGAGUCGCGCCCAGUCCAACUAUCGGAGCAGCGGCGGCCCCGAUGCACUCUCCAGCUACUUCUGUCACCUCACACCCGCGGGCAACACAUACUGCCUCUCCGGCGCCGCCCCAGCAAGCUGCACCUCAGCGGACUUCUGCAACUCCAGCUGCCAGUCCUGCGCCCGCGGCGGCAAAGCCUGCUACAACAGACCCUGUCAUUGCUCUCCUUGCUCAGAAAGCCUCUAGCGACUCAGAGUUGCGAGGCCUCAUGCAACGUGUCGCAGCCGGUCAAGCUAAACCGGGUGAACUGGCCCAUUUCCAGAAGAUCAUCGACCAAUUGAACGCAGAGUAUAAAAGCAAAGGCGGCCAGCAAGGUCCAUCAGCGGAUAGGUUGCUGGUUGAUGGGAGAACCGUCAAGUACUUUGCAGAAGAAGUCCGCACAAUUCUCGACAUCGUCUUGGCCUCAAACCCCAAUCAGAAAUCGAGCGAGCUGCGCCCACCUCCUGGAAGUGACCCUCUUGUGGUUCUCUUGGUCAAAACCGCACUCGAAGAUAUGCGGACGAGAGACAUGAUUCGAAGAAUUGCGGAAGGUCGACCUGGAAACACGGACGCAACAGACCUCAAAGAUAUCCUGGAUCGCCUCAACCGAGACGCAAAGACUGCUCCCCAAGGCCUUCAUGCUCAGCCACCAGGACGACAGCUCACUCCCAACGGGACUCCCAACAAUGGCAUGAGAAUGCAGCAGCCUCACAUGAUGAACAGUAUGAAUCCACAGCAGCCCAUGCGUGCAAAAGCCCCAGCGGCUGCCUCCAGAACGGAUAUCGCUGCUGUUGUUUUUGAUUUUGGAGCAGGUGACCGGUUCUUGUUUCCCAAAUUCAGCAUUUUAGAAUUUUUGCCAACAACAGCUGGCCAACAAGUGGUCGCAUCCUUUCUCAUUGUGCGCAAAGGAAGCACGACGGAGUAUGGAGGCAAUCCUGACCUCGACUACUACCAGCCUGUCACCAUCCGUCUUCAGACCAACACCGGCCGGCAUCUAGAAAAUCUCGCGAGGGUAGUUGCGCCGCAAGACGAAGUCAGAAGAUACAUGGACGAUGUUAUGGAUAACAUGACCCGUGCCGAAUACGUCCUUCUCGCCAUGCAGCUACCUCGCCAUGGCCAGGACCCCAAUGAGAGAGUUGAAACAAGUGACGGCGUCGGCGACAACAGCCCCUUUUCCAAUACAGACCAGGAAAGGGCAGAAAUCGUAAAGCCUGGCGUGAUGUGGACAGUGAGUGCUGGAUCCAACAGGUCUUCGAUGACCCCAUCACGGCAGAUACCUCGCAUCGACGCUGAGGAGGAGUCGCAACAAAAAUACCAGCGGCUCAUCAGAUCUAUCGAGGAAAAAGAAUAUGAAUACGUAUGA